UCAGCUCCAAAGAAACCUCCCCUGGAAGUCAGGAUUGUUGGGAGUACGGAGCCACUUUCGUAAAGUGCGGAUCCAAGUUCUAAGUUUGCAUGAGAUAAUCAGCACGUGGGAACCCGGCGAAGCUCCGGGUUCGGACUAAAAAGCCCGGGACGCGUUUUUGGCGGAUUUUCUGCAGCUCUGGUCGAGAGCUGGGAGUCGGUUAAACAUCUCCGUCCGAAAGGAGGGAACACACACAGAGAGAGAGAGUGAGUGGAAACGAGAGAGGUGGAGGACGUGAACGGAAGGGAGGCAGAAAGCAGGAGAAAGAGCCGAGCUGCCCGCACGCUGUUUUUGGAGUCGUGCGUAAAAGCGCGAAGCAAAGUGAGAUAAACUGUAUAAACACUGAUUCUCUUUUCUCAUUUUCUACCCUUGGACACGUCCCUGCUGGCGGAGUGUUGGCGUGGGAAGAGCCAGGCGUUGUGGAAACCGUCUUUGCGUGUCCUCGGUUCUUUUUUUGCACUUGGAAAUCACUGGAACUUGUAGUUUUUUGGACAUUAAACCGAACGAGGAAACGUUAGAUGCAAAUGCGGGUAAGGUGACUCCGCGCUUUUGUUCAACAUCUAAACAGACACUUGGAGCGCUUUGCUGCUCUUUCCCCACAUUGCACAGUAGGCUGAGCUGUUUGGUUCACUGAAAUGUGAGACACUGGUGAAGUCGGUACAUGACAAACCGCUGCAUCCAGCUGUUUUUGUUUGCCAAUAUCGCAACCAUCCAUUCACGCCUUUUUCAUUUUUGGGACUGGAUGCGCUGAGAAAACUUUUUAAGAAUGAAGAGGAGAAAAUUAAUGUUUUCUGCUUCCAUCGCCGCCGUGUGCUGAAGUGGAUCCGUGUUGUUAUUUUAGUGCUUUCCCAGCCUUCAUGUUAAGCGGACAGGAGAGCUGACAUGCGCCUGGAUUGUGGAUACAGCACGGUGACAUAUGCUUAACAGAAAGUUGUGAAAUCGCCUUAUUACCGACGCUGAGAGGUGAAUGAUUAAGACAACCGGCGAGGAAACGACCGCUGUGCCUGUUCGUGCGCCGUGAAACGCCGCUUUCUCAGCUCGAGCACUUCGAGGACUCGGGUUCGGUUUUGUUUUUUGCGAGGAGAAGAGAGUCUCCUGAGCCGAUAUGGAGGAGUGGAGACAAUGCGGACGGUGGUUGAUAGACUGCAAGGUCCUGCCCCCCAACCACCGGGUCGUAUGGCCUUCGGCGGCCGUGUUCGACUUGGCACAGGCCCUGCGAGACGGGGUGCUUCUGUGCCAGAUGUUGCACAACCUCUCCCCCGGAUCGGUGGACCUGAAGGAGAUCAAUUUCAGACCCCAGAUGUCACAGUUCCUGUGUUUGAAGAACAUCCGGACAUUUCUGAAGGUGUGCCACGACAAGUUUGGACUGCGUAACAGCGAACUGUUCGACCCUUUCGACCUUUUUGACGUCAGAGACUUCGGCAAGGUGAUCUCCGCUCUGUCGAGGAUCUCCCAGCACAGCAUCGCACAAAUCAAAGGCAUCAGGCCCUUUCCGUCGGAGGACACCGCUCUGAACGAGGAUGAUGUGUACCGCAGCCUGGAGGAGUUGGCAGACGAGCACGACGUGGGCGAGGAUGACAUCUACGACUGCGUCCCAUGCGAGGAUGACGGCGACGACAUCUACGAGGACAUCAUUAAGGUGGAAGUACGACAACCCAUGAUCAGAUACAUGCAGAAAAUGGGUAUGACAGAGGAUGACAAGAGAAACUGCUGCUUAGUGGAGAUCCAGGAGACUGAAGCCAAGUAUUACAAGACUUUAGAGGACAUCGAGAAGAAUUACAUGAUCCCAUUGAAGCAAGUCUUGAGUCCCCAAGACAUGGAGGCUAUCUUCGUCAACCUUGAGGAUGUCAUCAAAGUCCACUUCGCCCUGUUGCGAGCCAUCGACCUGAACAUGGUCAGCGGAGGAAGCGGCCUGGGGAAGAUCUUCCUCGACUUCAAAGAACGGUUGUUGAUCUAUGGUCAGUACUGCAGCCACAUGGAAAACGCCCAGAAGACACUGGAUGAGCUAAUAGCAACACGAGAGGAUGUAAAGAUUAAAGUAGAGGAAUGUACCAUGAAAGUGCAAGAGGGGAAGUUCAAGCUGCAGGAUCUGCUGGUGGUUCCCAUGCAGAGGGUGCUGAAGUAUCACCUACUACUGAAGGAACUUCUGAGUCAUUCCACCGACCGACCCGAGAGACAACAACUCAAGGAGGCUCUUGCAGCUAUGGAGGACCUGGCCAUGUACAUCAACGAAGUCAAGAGGGACAACGAGACCCUGAAAAAAAUCAGCGAAUUCCAAAGCUCCAUAGAAAAUCUUCAGCAGGUGAAACUGGAGGAGUACGGGAGGCCAAAGAUAGACGGAGAGCUGAAGGUGUCCUCCAUUGUCAACCGAACAAAGCAGGACCGGUAUAUAUUCUUGUUUGAUAAAGUGGUCAUUGUCUGCAAGAGGAAAGGCUAUAGCUAUGAGCUCAAAGAGAUUAUUGAACUGCAGUCGUAUAAAAUGUCCGAUGACCCCAUGAACAACAGAGACAUGAAAAAGUCAAGUGGAAAAAUGUGGUCGUACGGCUUCUACCUGAUCCACCUGCAAGGGAAACAGGGUUUCCAGUUCUUUUGUAAAACUGAGGAGACAAAAAGAAAGUGGAUGGAACAGUUUGAAAUGGCCAUGUCCAACAUCAAGCCAGAGAGGGCAACGGCCAAUCAGCACAACUUCCAAAUGCACACGUUUGAUAAGAACACCAACUGUCGAGCCUGCAAGAUGCUGUUGAGGGGCAUCUUCUAUCAGGGCUACUACUGCUCUCGCUGCGGAACAGGAGCUCACAAAGAGUGUCUGGAAGUGAUCACCAUCUGUAAAAUCAAUCCUCUAGAUUUGGAACCUGGAAUGUCGCCGGGUCCGAAGAUGGUCGCGGUGAGGAACUACCACGGCACACCGGCGCCUCCGGGGAAGACGCCUCUCUGUUUUCAAACGGGAGAUUUUAUCGAGCUGCUAAAGGGAGAUCCGGACACAACAUGGUGGGAGGGGAAGCUGAUGCAAACACAAAAGAGCGGCUUCUUCCCCAGUUCAUGUGUGAAGCCUUGUUUGGACCCAAAGCCCUUCCAGUCCAGCCGGCAGUCCUCGAGGGAAUCAGACUACUACGGAUAUCCUUGGUUUGCAGGGAACAUGGAGCGCCAGCAGGCAGACAACCUUUUAAAAUCCCACAGCAGCGGGACAUACCUUAUCAGAGAGAGGACAGCCGAAGCGGAGAGGUUCGCCAUCAGCAUCAAAUUCAAUGAUGAAGUAAAACACAUCAAAGUCAUUGAAAAAGACAGCUGGAUUCACAUAACCGAGGCAAAAAAGUUUGAGAGUCUUUUGGAGCUGGUGGAGUACUACCAGACCCAUUCGCUAAAAGAAAGCUUCAAGUUGUUAGAUACCACAUUGCGAUACCCCUACAAGUCGAGAGAACGUUCGCUAACACGAGCCAGCACACGCUCACCAGCAGCCACCUGCGCCUCCUACAACUUCUCCUUCCUCAGUCCGCAGGGCCUCAACUUCUCCUCUCAGAGCUCAGCUCCCUUUUGGUCAGUGUUUACUCCGCGGGUGGUCAGCACAGCCGUGGCCAGGUAUAACUUCGCAGCACGAGACAUGAGAGAGCUCUCGCUGCGAGAAGGAGACAUCGUCAAAAUCUACAGCAAGAUUGGAGGUGACCAGGGCUGGUGGAAAGGAGAGGCCAACGGAAGAAUUGGAUGGUUUCCCUCAACCUACGUGGACGAAGAGGGAGUGCAGUAAAGGAUGUUGCUUUAAAUCAGGAACUGUCUACUAUCCACUGUUCUCAGAGAUCAACUCUCUCCAGGAAAAAUGACACAAGAAGAAAGAGAAAAAAGACCCUUUUUUCGUUGUUGUUUUUGCUGGAUGCUCAAUUUUCUACUCUGUUUCUCUACAAUUAUGCAUCAGUUUUUGUUUUUGUUUUGUUUGUUUUUUUUUGCUGGAUGUCCUGUUUAAUUUCUGUACAGGAAAGAAGAAGAAAAAAAUCUGGCUUGCUGUCUGUCAGCCUCUGUGUGCUCUGCAGAGACUCCAUUGAACUGAGGACGCACCAGAAACUGACUGUUGAAAGCUUUACUUAAGAAAAAAAAGGAAGAAAAAGAAAAGAGGCUCCCCUUUUGUUGCAGGAGAAAUAAUUGUACAGUAUAGAUAAUUUAUUGAAUAGAGAUUAUUAUCAUGACUAAUGAUUAUUGUGGGGAUUUUAAGCAGAGGAUCGGAUCAUAAAAAAAAUAAUAAUAAUGAAAAAAAAACAGAUGCUGUGUUUUCAUGUUGAGAGAUUUUUGCCUUAGUUGUCAUGGUGAUGCCUUGUGGGCUGACACCAGUGGAGGGAAUCGACUUCGUUUGACUGGUUUUCGCUUCUCCGCGUAUGCAUGUGCCCAUGUGCGGCCCACAUAAACACAACACAGACCAAUGUACAGUACGGUGCCUUUGAAGAAACGCUCGUUGCUUUUACUGAACCUCAACAUCAGCCAGUAAAGAACGUCGCCAUCCCCCCCAAAAAAAACACAGACAUCUACAUGCAGAGGACUUUAUUAAAGGAGGGGAGAGGCACUGAUGCAACAAAUCUGGAGACAGCUCAACUUCGGAGCAUCUCGGAAAACAAGAUUCCGCCUAACCGGAGACUGGAUGGACUCACAGCUGGAGUUUUUGGGGGUUUUUUUAAUAGCCAACAACAAUCACAUAUACAGUUCGGUCUUUGUGUCACGAGUCUGUGUGUAAAAACAUCAAGCUAUCCAACAUACUUUUCAGUUUCUUUUUAAUCAUCUGAAGCCAAAUUCGUCGACGUCCAUUAUGAUUUUUGCCUUAUUUUUUUUUUUUUUUUUUUUUUUUUUUAACAGAUGAUCAGGUUUUUAUUGUUAAUCAUUCCUCACAUGUGAAAUUUGGUUUUGGUGCUGUGCAGACAAAAUGACUUUUAAUUUGAAGGAACUAUUGUGUGUUAAUGACCUGAAUCCACUGAAGGAGCCCUUAAACCUCUUUUUUUGGUGAUUUUCUAGGAGUGCUUAGCGUUUCCUUUUAUUUCCAGUAAUUUAAUGGUGCCAUAAAUACUUCAGAGAUUUAUAGACUGCAGUGUGCUGGCAUACAGCUUUUUUGUUUUUUUUUCUUUUGAGAGCUUAAAUGUACCAGACAAAUUUCUAAUUCCAGCCCCAUAUAUAUAUAUA